UGGUGGACAGCACGGUGAGAUCUAGAAGGCGUGACGUUGGCAUCAGACCUUGAUAAUCCACCACUUCAUCCUGCACACCUGAGUGUUCAAGUCUGCAGUCGACGCUUCUAACACGGCCAUUAUGGAUCAAACACCUGACAGGGUCUGUGAAUCUCAGUCUACGGUUGUGGAUCAAUCACCUGACGGGGUCUGGGAAUCUCAGUCUACGGUUGUGGAUCAAUCACCUGACGGGGUCUGUGAAUCUCAGUCUACUGUUGUGGAUCAAACAUCUGACGGGGUCUGUGAAUCUCAGUCUACUGUUGUGGAUCAAACACCUGACGGGGUCUGUGAAUCUCAGUCUACUGCUGUGGAUCAAACACCUGACGGGGUCUGUGAAUCUCAGUCUACUGUUGUGGAUCAAACACCUGACGGGGUCUGUGAAUCUCAGUCUACUGUUGUGGAUCAAACACCUGACCCACGCGUGGCUAUAGAACAUGGAUUACCCGGCUCACCCUAUACCAUAUCAAUGAACAUUGCCCCCCAGUUUACCAUACCAAUAACCACUGCACCCCAGUUACCCAGAUCAAUGACCACUGCACCCCAAUUAUCCAGAUCAAUGAUCAUUGCACCCCAGAUUAUUAACAGUUCUAUUCAGGGAGGAGUUGCCGUGAACGUUUCAGAAACCACGGACACAGCUGAAGAUGUGAGUGUCUGCAGCCUCUCAAAAGAGCUUAAGUCCAAUCUCAAAAAAAGGUUUGAGAAAAUAUUUGAAGGCAUUGCUAAAAGAGGAAACCCUAUUCUUCUGAACAAGAUUUUCACUGAUGUCUACAUCACAGAGGGUGAGAGGGAAGUUGAUAUUGAUAAGGGCGAGAACCAAUACAAGAACAGACCCUGGAAGUGGGGCCCUGAAAGAAGACACCGCAUACUGUAUUAUGAACAGGAAUGGUUAAAGAAAGAAAACUCUGGCAAAUUAAUCAAUGAGCAUGAUGUGUGGCAACUGGAGAUGGCAUCCUCAAAACAAAAUGGUCAAGAACCUGCCAUCAACUGCAAUGACAUCUUUAAGCCUCUGCAUGAUCCAAACUUGCACAUCAGAUCUGUGCUAACAAAGGGUGUGGCUGGAAUUGGAAAAACAGUCUCUGUUCAGAAAUUCAUUUUAGACUGGGCAGAAGAGAUGGCCAAUCAGGAUGUGGACAUCAUUUUUGUCCUCCCUUUCCGUGAGCUGAAUCGUUAUCAAGACAGGGAGUUGAGUCUUCAUGAGCUGCUUGAGAUCUUCCACUCUGAGAUGAAAGUUGUGACAGACAUGAGGAUGUAUGAUGAAGCCAAAAUGGUUUUCAUAUUUGAUGGUCUGGAUAAAAGUCAGUUUUCUUUCAACUUCCAGAGAAACAAGUUUGUUGCAGAUGUUGCAAAGAGAUCAUCGCUGGAUGAAGUGCUGACCAAUCUCUUCAAAGGUAACCUCCUUCCUUCUGCCCAUAUUUGGAUAACAUCACGACCAGCUGCAGUUUACCAGAUUACAUCCGAGUGUGUUGAUCGAGUAACAGAGAUACGAGGCUUCAAUGACCACCAGAAGGAGGAAUACUUCAGGAAGAGGAUGCCUGAUAAGCAACAAGCUGAUACAAUCAUUUCACAUCUCAGAACAUCAAGGAGCCUUCACACCAUGUGCCACAUUCCAAUUUUCUGUUGGAUCAUCUCAACUGUUUUGGGGGGAACCCCAAGUGGUACGAUCAUUCCACACACAUUAACAGGAAUGUACACUCGUUUCUUGCUCAUCCUAUCAAAUGUGAAGAACCGGAAGUACAGUGGGAAAGAUGAGCGGACAUCAAGGGCCUUAUCCUCGUCUGAUGUCCACAUCCUUGUCAAAAUAGGAAAACUGGCCUUUGAAAACCUGGAGAAGAGCAAACUCAUAUUCACAGAAGAAGACUUGAAAAGAUUUGGCUUGAACAUUGAGGAAGCAUCAGUCCACUCAGGACUUUUCACAGAAAUCCUGAAAAAAGAAGACCCCAUAUUUGAGGGGCAGUGGUACAGCUUUGUACACCUGAGCAUUCAGGAGUUUCUCGCUGCACUCUAUGUGUUCCUUUCAUUUGUCAGAGAGAGAGUGGACAUUAACACAACAGGUUUUGACCUUGACCUUGACCUUGACAAAAACUGGCUGAGAGAGUCAAUGGAGUAUGGUCAGAAAUCUGGAAACCAACCACUUACUCGGGAGCAAUAUCUAUCCUAUGUACUAGACGACUCAGAUGAUUCAGAUGAUGAGCCGUCAAUGGACUUUCCCUUUGAACCUUUGCAGGACUUCUCUACACUUCAUGAGUGGCACAGGGUUGCCAUGGACAAAUCCUUGAAGAGCAAGAAUGGCCAUUUGGACCUCUUUGUUAGGUUCCUCCUUGGGCUCUCUCUAGAAACCAAUUAUAGCCUACUCAAAUGCCUGUCGUUACCACCAGGGACCUUUCAAGAGGAUAACUGGAAAACCACACAGUACAUCAAAUACAUGCUUGGAGUGGAAAACCAAAGGGAAUGUCCUACUCCAGAAAGAUGCAUUAACCUGCUCCAUUGCCUCACUGAGUUGGGUGACAGUGAGUCAUUAUUCACCUCCAAACACGUUCCUGCCAAGAAACUGAGUUCAGCCCAGUGUUCUGCCUUAGCCUACAAGAUGUUGAUUUCUGAAGAUGUUUUGGAUGAGUUUGACUUGAAGAGCUACAGGGCCUCUGCAGGAGGUCGCAGAAGACUGGUCCCAUUGGUUAGAUGCUGCAGAAAAGCACUACUUGCCAAUUGCCAACUGACAAGGAAAUGCUUUGAGACAAUCUCUUCAGUCCUUCAGAGUUCUGACUCCCUCCUUAAAGAGCUGGACCUGAGCCACAACUUCCUGGUUCCACAGACACUGGAGACAUUCUGUGCUGGCCUAGCCAGUCCCCACUGCAACCUGGACUCUCUGAACCUCAACUGCAUCAACCUGAAGCAGUCAGGUUCAAUGCUGCUGAAGGCGGUAUUGCUGGGACCUCAUCGUCAGCCUAGUUCUCUGAGACUUAGCGGAUGUUACCUGGGAGACGACUGCAGUGAGGUCCUGCUCACAGCUCUUCAGUCAGAGAACUCCAGGCUGACUUUAUUGGAUCUCUCCUAUAACAGCCUGACUGAUGCUGGAGUCACACAGAUCCUGACUGGACUUGCAAGUCCAAACUGUAAACUUAACACACUGAGGUUGGGAGGCUGUGCGAUUACUAAGGUAUCCUGUGAGGUGUUGGGUUCUGUUCAGUCCUCCUCUCUCAGAGAACUGGACCUGAGUGGCAGUGGAGUAGGAGAUGAGGGCGUGAAACAGAUCUUUUCCAGAACAUCAACCCAGCUGGAAACACUGAGACUGAGGGAAUGUGGUCUAUCAGACGGUGCUUGUGAUGUGCUGGGAAAGACUCUGAGUUCCUCUGGGCUGAAGGAGCUAGAGCUGCGAGACAACGACAUCAGAGAUUCAGGAGUGAAGCUGCUGUGUGUUGACCUGGCAAAGCCAUCCUGCAUCCUGCAGUCCUUAGGGCUCUCUGGCUGUCUGAUCACAGAGGAAGGCUGCACUUAUCUGGCUUCUGCCCUCAAAACAAACCCAUCUCACCUGCAAGUGCUGGACCUCAGCUACAAUCACCCAGGGGAGUCUGGGGCGGCGAUGCUGUCAGAAGCACUGGAGGAUCCCAACUACAACUACAAGCUGGCAACGCUGAACUUACAAGAGGGUGGACUGCACAGGAUUAAUCCUAUGCUGAAGAAAUAUGCAUGUGAACUCACCCUGGAUUCAAACACGAAGGAUAGCGGUUUGUAUUUGACGGAGGACAAGAAAAGGGCAUCUAGGUCUAUCCCAGGUGGCUCAUCAGAUGAUUAUUAUUAUGUAUUAAGGAAGUGCUGGUUUGGGGUGAGCUGUACUGAAGGCCUAACAGGAGGGCGCUUCUACUGGGAGGUCGAGUGGAGGGAAGAGGUUGUGAUCGGUGUGAAGUACAAGGGGAAAGACUCCAGGUACCAGAAAGAGUCCUGGAGCCUCUACUGCAACUCACGUCGUUCCUACUAUGAGGCCAGCCACAACAACAGCUUCUUCAGGAUCGACAUGUCCGACAAAGAGUCCAGACGUGUGGGAGUAUAUCUCGACUGUCCAGCCUGCACGCUGUCCUUCUACGUGGCAGCUCCUGAUAGGCUCACACACCUUCACACUUUCCGUAGUGACUUCAGUAAGUCUUUGUAUCCUGAGUUUUAUCAGACUAGCGCACCUGAUGCAUACAUUACCAUAUUCAGGUAAAAGCUGUUCAUAGGGACAGUUUCUCUCAUAUGGGCGGUGUCUUGUCGAGGGCAACACGAGCAUGCACAAAAUAAAAAACAAGAAACAGAAUUUUUAGCUUUCAUUUGCACUAAUCAG